GAGCGCGUUGCCAUGGUGGCGCAGCGUCCGUAGCCAGAGCUCGGCUGGUGAGCCGGGCCAGAGGCAGCGGAGGGCUGGCAGACAGACUGUCGGACGGCCUGGGGUCGGCACGGCGCGGAGCCGAGCUCGGAGGCCAGUGUCACCCACCCCGCCGCCACCCCUGGCACAGUCUCCGUCCCUGUCACCAGGAGCACCUUCCUUGGGCAGCCGUGGGGCCGCGGGGAGGGAGGCCUCCAAGCCCCCCGACCCUGCUGUAGGGCUACCCCUACCGCGAGCCCUUGGCCCCAGGGGCAGCACGCGGAGCCCGCCCCCGCUCCGUCCGUCCUAGCACCGCCAUGGAUGCCGAGCUGGCCGAGCCGCUGCAGCAGCAGCUGUACGGGGGACAGGGGGAGGAAGAGGAGGAGGAGGAGGAAGAGCUGGACUUCUAUGACUUCGAGCCGCUGCCAGCCCUGCUGGAGGACGAGGAGAACGUGUCACUUGCUGACAUCCUAUCCCUGCGUGACAGCUGCCUCACGGAGCAAGACAUUUGGGCAGUGUGCUUGGAAUGCAGCCGUUCCCUGAGGAGCAUUGCCCAUUCUGCCAUCUUUCAGACACUGUGCAUCACCCCAGACACACUGGCCUUUAACACCAAUGGCAAUGUGUGCUUCAUGGAACAGCUCAGCGAUGAUCCUGAAGGUGCCUUCGUUCCACCAGAGUUCGACAUAACAGGGAAUACCUUUGAAGCCCACAUCUACUCUCUGGGGGCUACCCUGAAAGCUGCCAUUGAAUAUGUGAUUGAACCCGAGCUAGAGCCAAAGUUCUGUAAGGACCUGGAGGCCCUCCUGGACCAGAUGCAGGAGGAGAGUCCUGGCAGCAGGCCUGAUAUUGAGAGCAUCAUUGCCUUAUGUGAAGGCAAAGUGCAGGCGGCCUCUUCCUGUGAGAUCUGUCGGGACCUGUCAGCAGUCGGGAGAAGAGUGCUUUCCAUUGAAUCCUUUGGGACUUUUCAAGAUGUGAAUGAGAACAUGUGGAGAGGGAGGGUGGGCCCAAAAAGCAUGGGACCCACAACGCAACCAGAUGAGAAGAGGCCAUACAGUGAUGCAUCCACUGUGCCGGACUCACAAGUUGGGGACAGUAGCUCCGCGGCCCACAGAAGCCUGUCUCUAAGGCCACCAAGUGGGGAGAAGGAUGAUCAAGAAAGCUUCUUUAAGGAAAAACUGGCCAACUUCUUCUUAGAUUCAGGGUAUUUCCACAGUGACCUGGACAGAGGUCUUCUGAAAAAAAGUCGCCUGAGAAAAAUCCAGACUUUCCCACGGCUCCUAAUGGAAGCCCCAGAAUCCAACAACUUCUGCAUGUCUUUGACAAGUGGAGGGUCUCUGGCUAGGAAAAGUCAGCUGCCUGCAUCUGAAUUAUUUCCCCUAGACUACAGAAAGAUCUUCCCAGACGGAAAAAAUGGUCCUUUCCCCAUAAAGGCCCAGCCUAAGCACCGACUUAGGUCUGAGCGCUCAACUGACCCUCAUGGGGAGAAGUCGCUGCCUCUACCACGGGAUCAAGCUGCCAACACUCAAAGAAGUGGCAGGGGUAGUGAUGGUAACAGUGGUGGUAAUGGGGAGAACAGCACUACAUUUGGGCCUAGGCCUGGAGAAGAAACUCCUGAUGUGACAGAGGUGGCCAACAAUGCCGAGACCUCAGGAGGACUGAGCAAAAAUGCACUGUUGCCUCUGAACAAACUGAGCUUAAGAAUAAAUCCUGGUGAAGAAAGGUAUCUACUGAGUCCCACAAGCCCACAGGAUCCGAGUGAAAAUAUGGUGAUGGUGAAUGGCCACAAAGAACACAGUCAAGAAGGUCAGAAGCUGGACACCGUCAGCAAUGAGCAGCCUGCACAGUGGGUAUCUCUACAGGAGCUCUUGUCAAGGCUGGGGAGGCCCUUUGGAGAGUACGAGCUGUGGGCACUUUGUCGAGAAUCUCUGUUCACUCUUCAGAGCUACAUAGAAUACCCAGCUUAUUUGUGUCUGGACUCUGUGCUGGUGGACUCCGAAGGAAAUGUUCUCUUUGGAGCUUUGAAAGAUGCAGGCUCUUAUAACCCAUUUUAUGUGGCUCCUGAAGUGGAACGACAGAAACUUGUCACAGAAAAGGCCUCUGUUUACUGUGUGGCAGCCAUCCUGUGGACUGCAGCCAAAUUCAAUUUAGCUCCUAAACAGAAGCUGGCCUUGCCUCGAAAGCUCAAAGGUCUCCUGCUGGACAUGGCCCGGAGCAGUGCUAUGGAUAGGCCAUCUGUGGCCCAGGCCAUGAAGGUGUGCAACGGCUACCUGCAGCAGCGAGGCAUGGACAGCAAGAAGAUCCUGGCCCACCUGAGCACAUCGCCACUGCAGGUUUACCAAGAAGAAGAAACCAUUGGCCUGCAGAACACCCUGAACAGAGUGGCCCUGGAAGCUAGCAGUGGCCAAGAGGAUGCUGUACAGGCUGGUCCAGGGUUCAUUCCCUUUACCUGGGAUGGCAGGCUGGUAGCUGUGAAAGGCCCAGUGCCUUGCCCGCUGUCUACAUGCAGAGAAAGCCCGGUUCUGCCAGCUGCAUUCACCUCUUUGGCCACUCACUUUAAACCGAUUGUUUUGGCACAAGAGGCAGAUGUGACAGAGGAAGGCCGCACAUUCCCCUCUGAUCAGGGUGAUAGGCUUAAGGGCCCCUGCCCUGCGUCUGACUCUGCAGAUAGCACUGAAAAUGAAAUGGCUGAGGAGCAGACUGCCGCUGUGAACCCAAAGAUUCUAGAAACUCCCACACUACCUGAGACUCCAAAGGGCUCCCCUGAAACACCGCUCCCAGGCAGCUCUGCCCAGGUCCAGCCUCUAGCCAGACCCACCUCCCCAAGGGGCCAACAUGAGAGGGAUCCAUCAUCUCCCGGGGACCCUUCUGAUGCCUCUAGGUCACCUGCCACUCCCCCAAAGAAUGGCCUCUUUUCCACUCAGGAUCUAGAGGACAAACCAGGGUUGCAGGAAGAACCUCGGGGCCCUGACCUUCCUUGUGGCAGAGGCUGCACGGACCAUUCUCCCUGUGACCCACCUCACAGCAGUGACCCUGGGGUCAAGGAGUCCAAUAGCCCUGAGGCGCCAGGCCUGCAGCCCAAAGAGCCCGGUAGCCACAGGGACACUGCCUCUGCCUCUGAGGCACCGAAUCAGCCCCUGCAGAAAAGUGUCCCCAGAGGUCGAGGAGGGGAGAGAGAACCCAGUGUUACAGGACCUCCCCCAGACUCGGCAAAGCUAGCAGAUCGGAGGCCGCCUUCUUCUCAUUCAGAAACCUCCUCUGGGCAGAAAAGGACAAUUGGCCCUUCACUACAAAGAGUGAUGCAUCUCAUCCAAGAAGAGUUUGCCUUUGAUGGCUAUCUGGAGAAUGGGCUCGAAGCCUUGAUCAUGGGAGAAUACAUCUAUGCCUUGAAAGAUCUCACAUAUGCAACCUUCUGUGGGGCCAUAUCUGAGAAGUUUUGUGACCUCUACUGGAAUGAGAAACUGCUUCAGAAUCUUUUCAAGGUUGUGAAUGGGAAGAUGUCCCCACCGUGUAGCAUAACGGAAACGGACAUCUCUGGUUGGGAGAGUCAAGGCCAUGGUGGACAGAAACCAGUCAGUGGGCCAGCAGGUGGAAGACAAACAAAGUAUGAAACAGGAAAACUUAGGCCAAGGGCCUCCCGCACCCCUGGAGCACCACCCUCACCAGCCUCGCUCUCUGAAAUGGAUGCAAAUGAGCUGUCCCAAAGUAACUUUGAGGUGGGAUUCAGGCCACAGAAGAUGGUAAGCAGUGAGAAUGAGGAGCACUCCACAGAAGGCAGCUGCCUCCAGGACAGCCCAGGAGGGGAAGGCAUGGCCUUUGGGAUCAAGAAUAUCACCCCCCCUCCCUGCCCAGCUGAAUUCCACAGCGGUAGCCCUGGCUGGUGCAGUGCCUUCUAUGAAGCUGGCUGCUUUGGUCCAGAUGUUUACACUUACGUGAAAAAGCUGGGGCGGCGGAAAGAUAACAACUCACAAAACAUAGAUGCCCCAAGCCUGGAGCUAGAACAGCAGCUGAUGAUGGAGAAGCGAAACUACCGGAAGACCUUGAAAUUCCGCCAGAAGCUGCUGCAGAAGGAGAAGAGAAGCCGAGGUUCUGAAGUUAAAACCAUGUUGUCAAAACUGAAAGGACAGCUGGAAGAGACCAAGGCCAAGGUGCAGUUCCUUGAACUGGUCAAAAAGUACCUGCAGGUGGUUUACGCGGAGCAAUGGGGCCUGCAGCCAUGGGCACUGCCCAUCAUCGUGAACAUCUCAGCUGCAGGGUGUGACACCCUGGACUUCAGCCCCCUGGACGAGUCGUCCUCACUCAUCUUCUACAACGUGAACAAGCACCAGGGAAACAACAAACAGAGGAGGUCUCGGAUCCUCCAGGCCGGGACCCCCCUGGGGCUCAUGGCCUAUCUCUACUCCAGUGAUGCUUUCCUAGAAGGCUAUGUCCAGCAGUUCCUUUAUACCUUCCGAUACUUCUGCACUCCAGAAGACUUUCUGCAGUUCCUCCUGGACAGGAUCAAUAGCACUUUAUCCAGAGCCAACCAGGACCCCACGUCUACCUUCACCAAAAUCUAUAACCGUAGUUUCUGCAUCCUACAGGCCUGGAUUGAAGACUGCUACACUGUUGACUUUACCCGGAAUGCCGGGCUCUUGGAAAAGCUUGAAGAGUUUAUCUCUUCCAAGGUCACUCCCCUGGAUGGCUAUGGGGAGCACCUCCGGUCCUUUCUCGAAGUAGCCACAGAUGGAAAGUGUGAGGGGCCUUCCCGCCUCGGGGACUUGGAUGAUGAUAAAGAGGCCGAUGAAGACACGCGGUCUCUGAACGCCCUCUGCAAAAAGCUCUCAGAGGAGAGCCUCUGUCGGAAGGGUUUUAAUUGGAAGCUUCCCAGGGCCAAUGGCUUCAUUCUGCCUCACCAUAAAGAGAGGCCAUACACCAUUGCCUCUGCCCUACCCAAGCCCUGCUUCUUGGAGGAAUUCUGUGGUGCCUAUGGCAAGACCAGCGAGAAGGGGCCCUACUUCCUCACAGAGUACAGCACCCACCAGCUCUUUAGCCAGCUGACCCUAAUGCAGCAGGAAAUGUUCCAGAAGUGCCACCCAGUCCACUUCUUGAAUUCGAGAGCCCUCGGCGUCCUGGACAAAAGCACAGCCAUGCCCAAAUGCACCUCCUCAGAAUCUCUGUCGGCCAAGGUUGGGAGUCUGUUCCUGCCCAGUUACACCCAGGACAAGUACUUGUUACAGCUCCUAAGAAACUCGGACAAUAUCAGCACCUGGGUCGCUGCUGAAAUCGUGACGAGCCACACUUCCAAGUUGCAGGUGAAUCUCCUCUCCAAGUUUCUGCUGGUCGCCAAGGCCUCCUAUGAGCAAAGGAAUUUUUCCACAGCCAUGCAGAUCCUGGGGGGCCUAGAGCAUCUCCUGGUGAGGCAGCUGCCGGCCUGGAAAAUCCUCCCAGCAAAGAUUGCGGAAAUCAUGGAGGAACUGAAAGCUGUGGAGGUGUUCCUCAAGAGUGACAGCAUGUGCUUGAUGGAAGGCAGAAGGUUCCGCACGCAGCCCACCAUCCCAUCUGCCCACCUUCUGGCCAUGCACAUCCAGCAGCUGGAGACUGGGGGCUUCACCAUGACUAAUGGGGCUCACAAGUGGAGCAAACUCAGGAACAUUGCCAAGGUGGUGAGCCAGGUCCACGCAUUUCAAGAAAACCCCUACCCCUUUGCUGCAGACCACAAGCUUCAGUCGUACCUCAAGCAAAGAAUUGCUCGCUUCAGCGGAGCCGACAUUUCCCUCUUGGCUGCAGACAACCGGGCCAACUUCCACCAAGUUCCCGGGGAAAAACAUUCCCGGAAGAUUCAGGCCACGUUGCGCCGCAUGAAGGCCACGUUUCAGUAGCAGCUGAUAGGACAUGCAAGAUUCCAAAGCCGGGGCUAGGGAGGAGGUGGCAGGGAAGGCUGCCUCACCUCUGGGACUGUCCCUGAGUGCCCAUCUUUCCUACCCCCUGAGCUUUACUGCCCUCUUUCUUAGGCCCUUCCUCUGUCCCUUGGAGCAUUCCAGAGUGCAGCCCGGGAGAAGCUUUAGUGCCAGCCAGGGGGUGAAGGCACUGAGAGAGAAUGGCCGGGGUUGAGGGGUCAAGGGACAAUGCCCAGGACAGUCAGGUCUCUAUGGUGGUUGGUGUCUGGCAGCUAGGUGGUGCAGUGGACAGCAUGUGGUCCUGGAGUCAGGAAGAUUCAUCUCCCUGAGUUCAAAUGUAG